AAGCGUUGCUGCUGCUGCUGUCAAAUCGUUCAUUAUUGUUAUUGUUGUUCACGGGUUCGUGUGCGUCGGCAAAAGUGCUACGACAAAUAGGUAUUUUGUGGAGGCAUUGAACAGUGGUGUGGUAGAGGAAGGAGUAAAGAGAGAGAAGAAAAAAAUGACGAUCGAUUCCGAUGCCGGCGGUGCUGCGGCGGAACCACCGCCACCGCAGCAGGAGAAAAUCCGAUGUUUCUUCGACGUUAGUCUCGGUGGCCUACCGGCGGGCCGUAUCGUGUUCGAGCUGUUCCCUGCGGUCGCUCCGAAAACGUGCGAAAACUUCCGCGCACUGUGUACGGGUGAGAAGGGCAUCGGGCAGAAGACGGGCAAACCGCUCCACUACAAGGGCAUCAUUUUCCAUCGCGUGGUAAAAGAUUUUAUGAUCCAGUCCGGGGACUUUUCCAACGGCAACGGAACGGGCGGCGAGUCGAUUUACGGUGGAACUUUUGAUGACGAAGAAUUCACCCUGAAACACGACCGAGCGUUUUUGCUCUCUAUGGCCAAUCGUGGAAAAAACACGAACGGCUCCCAAUUCUUCAUUACAACGCAACCUGCCCCUCAUCUUGAUAAUGUGCACGUUGUAUUCGGUCAUGUUGUGUCCGGUCAGGAUUUAGUGCGACAGCUCGAACAGCUACCGGUCGAUCGCAACUCUCGCCCACUGCAAGAUGCAAUGGUUUCCAACUGUGGUGAGCUUGUGCGGCAAGUGAAAGCGAAAAAGGAAAAGAAAAGCAAGAAGCAAGUGGUCGCAUCCAGUGACGAUGAUUCCAGCGACACCAGCAGGAAGCGCAAAAAGGACAAAAAGAAGAAGCGUGGAAAGGACACGUCCCCACGCGGAAAGCGUUCGGCCGAUGUCAAUGCAUCGAUCGAAGAAGGCGAGGUGGAAGAUGAGAUGCACCCGAUGGCAACGGUGACCAAAAUCGAUCCGGAUGAGAUACCGGAAGUGUCCAAUAAGUAUCUGAUGCGGAGCGAUAGCAACACUGCCAAGCCGGCCGGCGAUGGCGAGGAGGACGACGGUCGCAGGCGCGACAAUCGGCCGAGGGAACAGAAAGGCUUCGGUUGGUCGAAGAAGCGCGUGCCAUUGUCCCGCAGCGGGCGUACCAUUAAGGGUCGCGGACACUUUCGCUACCGUACACCGUCACGCUCGCGCAGCCGAUCGCGCAGCCAGACACCGAUUCAUUGGCGCGCGGCUCAGAAACGUACUAUCAAGAUGACGGAUUUGGAGAAGCUGGAAGAGGAGAAACGGCAGCGCGAAUCCGAGAUCAAGCGCCGGGAAGCGGAGCGUAAGAAGCGCCACGAAGACCUCGCCAAAGGAGCGUCGAAGAAGUCGUUCUUCGAGCUCAAUCAGGAGCAGUCGGCGACGCGUGAAAAGUCGGCGAGUGAGUCGCCCGAACCGGCAGGCGCGAAUCGUCCGACCGCGGACGCUGCUUCGGCCAAAGAGCAGGAGCGUUCGGGCCGUGCCAAAUCCAACGGUUCGAUCGACAUGAACGCGCUGGACUACGAGCACAACCCGGCGGAAGGGUCGGACAGCGAGCCGGAGGAACCGACGCACAAGAAGAGCGAUACGCUGGCCAAGGCGCUCGGCGUGGAGCCGAAAAAGAAGUCGGCAGACCAGCCGAGCAAGCCGGACGAUCGCCGCAAGCCAAAUGACGAUCGUAGGCGCGAUCGGUCGCGUAGCCGGUCGCGCGAUCGCUACCGGGGCCGGGGUGACGAUUAUCGCGGUCGUUCACCACCCGCCUACUAUCGCGGCGGUGGAGCCGGAGGAGGAGGAGGAGGAAAUCGUGGCAGACCACCGUACGGUGGUUUCGGGGGCGGUGGUGGCCCUCCUUUCAAUCGGUACAACCAUCAGCAGCCACCGAACCGGCGGUACGGCGGUGGUGUUAAUACCAUUGGAGGGUCGUAUUACUCUCGACCACGCGGCCGGUUUGGAAUGCCCGGUGGUGAUCGCUAUGAGCGUGAUUAUCGAUCUCGCCGAUCCCGCAGCCACGACGAUGGGCCACCGCGGCGCUCGCGCCGUGAUCGGUCGGAAAGCCGGUCGCGUUCCCGGUCGCCGGAGCAGAGCAGACGUCGCCGCCGAGAUAGCACCGGUUCGGGCAGUUCCGUGGAGCGCUCCCGGCGCGAUCGGUCCGGCUCGCCUGCCAAGCGCCGCUCGGCUUCUCGGCCGGCGGUCGACGUAAAGCCGCACGUGCGUGCGGCCAAACCGGCCAACGGAAAGGAGCUGGACAAGUUCCGCGACAAGAGUCCGGGCUCGGUCGCAACCGCGAUCGUGGUGGCGGCCGUGGAAGCGGCCAAGAUGCCCACCGUAACGAUCAAGAAGGAGCCCCUGUCGGAAGAGGAGAAGGCACGGCUGCAAAAGGAAAAGAUGCUGAAGCGUGCCGAAACGCUGCUGCUGCUGAAGAGCCACAUGGAGAAGGAGAUCGAGGAGCAGCAGCGGAAGGCGCGCGAAAAACAGCAACAGCAGCAGCAGAAGCAGCAGCAGCAGGAGGCGCGAAAGCAGAAGGAAGAACAGGACGCCCGUACGCUCGACGCCGUGAUGGAUCUGGCGCAGCUGAAGCAGCUGAAGAAGGAAACGAUCCAGAAGCUGAACGCACAGGAAGCGGCCCAACGCAUCCUGCAAACGGUGGUGACGAACGUCGCCUCCGGGUCGGGGGGCAGCGCGGGCCAGAAGAAAAAGUCCAAAACCAGCAGCAAGCGGCGCAGCUCGUCCAGCAGCUCGUCGUCGUCGUCCUCGUCGGACAGCGCCUCCCGGAAGGAGAAAUCGCGCAAGAAGCGCAAGGACAAGAAGCGCAAAGCUCGUCGCCAUUCGUCUAGCAGCAGCUCUUCUUAGGCAUGGACGGGCGUAUAUGGGUGUGGCGGAAACCUUUUCUUCCGCAGCAAAGUGGGCUUCGCUCAGAGGCGCCGACCAGUUUUCUUCGUGUGCAACAAAUGAAUUUCCCCCCAACGAUAUAUCAUCGCUAUUUCGUUCAAAGUAAUGAAAUGUAGGCAUUUCUCUAGCAUUAUUUGCAUCUUCUUGAACUAUCUAAUCAUUGACAAAUAAAUCGAAUUGCGCAAAAUAGAAAUAGAA